AUGUUGAAUCGGUGUGUUUCUGCACAAUUACGUAAUUCAUAUGGUUUGAUUGUUGCUCGUCAUUUAUCAUUAAGUACAAGCCUUGCACAGCAACCCAAACAACAAGCAACAGAUCCAAUUCAACAAUUAUUUAUCAAUAAAAUUCGUGAAUAUAAUGAAAAACGAAAACAAACAAAAGAUGGUCUUGUGGAUUCUACAACUGAAGUACGAAAAAGUCUUGAAGAUACACUUAAUAAAUUAAAACAUGCUUAUGGUGCUGAAUCAGAAGAUCUUCUUUCGGUACCUCACCUUAGUUUUAAAGAACCUCAACUUGAAGCUGUUAUUGAAAAACAAGUCAAAGAAAUAGUUAAAAAGGAAGUAACACUAUCACCAGAAGAUAUUAAAAAAUAUACAGGUUCAUAUGGUUCAUGGUCACCAGAAUAUUCAGCUAAGAAAAAAGCUGAAGAACAAAAGAAACUUGAUCAACGGCCAUCUGGUAUUUUACCUGGUUAA